GCCAAUUGCUUUGGCGAAAAAGUUUGUAGGGUCAAUCAAUAUAGGGUUAUAAGAAGAUUGAUGGAUAAAAGCUAGCGUCAAGCUCACUCCGCCCAGUUACCAAUUCCUAAAUUGACCAAAUAUCCAGUUUCGUGGCCACCUCGGUUCUUUUAUUUUGAAGAAUAAAUUGUGUAGUUGGCAAUAGAAGGGACUACCUAAAACUGAAAGUAAAGGAAAAAAAAUAAAGAAAAUUUGUCUUCUGUCUAUUUAGAGGCUAAAUGUGAUUGAUAAAAUAUUAUUAUAUCCAGAAAUAUGUUUAUCUUUCUCAUUUUCUCUUACUGGUGAAAGAUAACAUUAUAUUAAUUUUUAGAAAUCGGUAUUUUACUUGUUUUUAGGAAAUUAUGGCUAGUGGUAUUGAAGAAUUUGAAGACACUUUGUAAAAUAAGUAACGACCUUUUUUGACCAAGAUCAGAAAAUGAAUUUUAUUAAAAAGAAAUUGAAAAGUCAUAAAAAAGAUGAUGAAGAAGAAGAAUAUGAAAAGGCAGUGUAUGAACAAUCACUCCAUCCUCAAAACCCUGAUCAGAAAAAUAAAAAUACUGAAGAAUGGCAAUUUUUUCAACAAUUAUCUAUGAAAGUUCAAGACACGGUUCAGAAAACUCAAACAACAUUAAAUAAACUGAAAGACACUGUUCCAAAUGAAGAUGAUCCUUUUGAAGCUGAUAAUGAAUUUGCAUCCAGAGAAGCUUCUUAUGGCACUACAAAACCUUUAAGAGCACCACCUCGACCCCCCGCUCCAAGUGGUGAUAAAAGUUCAACUGUUGAUUUGGACUUUGGAUCUGAUUUUUCUCCAAACACUGCAUCAAAAUUACCUCCUAGACCACCUCCCCCUGGAUAUUCCAAUGUGGCAUUUCCUUCUGAUUCAAGUGCCUUGCAUGGGAUGAAUAGUAAGAGUAGUGCUUCACCUGUACGACCUCCACCACCUAAUCCUGGUAAAGUAGAUACGACUAAUUUAGCUUACAGUGAAGCAACUUCAGGAUCUGUACUUACAGAACUGAUUUCUACAAAAACUACUGAAUCAUUUAACCUAUUGGAUGAAUUUGGUUUUAAAAGCGAUACUGGUACAACAUCAAUGACAUCACAUGCAAACAUGCAAGAUUUAUUAUUUUUAGAUGAUAAAGAAGAAGUUGAUCCAUUUGACACUUCAUUUGUUAAUGUGACCAAUAUAGCCCCAAUUUCUUCUGUAUCAGAAAUAAAGAGAAAAGAAUCUCUUGUAAAAAGUUCUGAAAGUAGUUCCAACCCCUUCUCUAGCUCUAUGCAUUCAAAUGAUUGGAUGACCACUUCCCCAACUCAUUCUGACAAAGCUAAGAAGGCAGUAACUAAUCCAUUUUUCACUAGUGAUAUCAAAUCAGAAUCUCGUGAAGAAAAUACUCAAUCUUCCUACUCUCAUAAUCCAUUCAGUUUUGGCAAUUCUAAUAAUGUUGCUUCAGAUCAAGAUGACUUUUUUGGAAUCAAAAUUGGACCAUCUUCUAGUAAGGAAAACAUAACUGAUGAUUUAUUUCAAACAAGUGAAGAGUUGCCUAAAUCUCCCACGUUUGAAUGUGGAGGAUUUGUAAAUUCUGCUUUUAAUGAUAAUAUUGAACCAGAACAAGAACUCGAAACAGAUAAUGGUUUUUCGCAGCACCUUGAAAAUUCAGUAAAUCUAGUUCAAGGUGAAACAUUAAUGGAUGAAGUUAGCAUGUGGAAUUCCAGCAAGGUUAAUGAAAGUAGCAUAUUAUCAGAUGAUGCAAUCGUGCCGUGCAGUAAUCUAGAACCUGAAAAAAAUGCAAUGAGUUCAUCUUCAAUGUGGAAUUCUGAUACUGUGAAAACAGAAAUUUUAUUGCCUGACAAGUUUAAUGCAAAAGAUGAAAAAGAUAAAUAUGACGUAGAAAUGUUUAAUGCAAAUAAGUUGGAGGACACAAGUUCAAGUAAGAAACAGUCAAAUGAAACUGCUUCAAGUAUUGCUGAUACUCCUGUUGAAGAAAAUGUAUUAUCAGCAUCCAUUAAUGAACUUUCAGAGUUUACAGUACCCGAGGAAGAUAAAUCUGGUCCUUUAAAUUCCGAAAAAGACAUUUCAAGUGAAUUUUUUCCAAAUGUCUCUGAAGAUUUUUCCUCUAUAUCUCAUCCCAAAAGGGAUAGUAUCUCACAAAAAGAGAGCUUUUCACGAAAAGACAGCAUUACUGAAAAGGAUGCUUUAUUACAAAAAGAAAGUAUGCCUCGUAGAGAAAGCAUUCCUUCACGAGAAAAUAUCCCUCGUAGAGAAAGCAUUCCUUCAAGAGAAAAUAUCCCUCGUAGAGAAAGUAUUCCUGCUAGAGAAAAUGUUCCUCGAAAAGAAAGCCUUCCUAGAAAAGAAAGUAUUCCUAGGAAAGAAAGCAUUCCUCGUAGAGAAAGCAUUUCUCAGAAAGAUGGCCCACCUGUUAAUCUCCCUGAAGAAAAUGCAUAUUCAAAUUUUAGUGAAAGUUUUAAACCAUUUGAGAAAGAAAAUAAUGCAUUUCAAUUCAAAAUAAAUUCACUUGAACCUAAAGUAGACCCUGAUUUUGAUGCCUUUGCUGCAAAAUUUGAAAGUGUUAAAGAUAAUCAGGCCUCAAGUGCUUUUGAUCCAUUCAUGUCAAAGCGAGCACCCACACUGAAGAAUAUCCAAGAUAAUUACAAAGGAUUUGAAAGUAUGGAUGAAUUUGAUCCUUUUCGUGUCACCAGUAAAGCAGAAAAUAGCCAAGGUAUGAUGAAAAAAGAGCCUUCUAGGGAUUCAUUUGAAGAUUAUGACACUGAAGUUGAUUUUUCUGUCGUUAUAAAACCUAAGGUAAAGGAUAGUAGCGAUGUCAAAUUAGAUACAAUGGAACCACCAAAAUUACUUCCACCUCCUAAAACACCAACUAAGGCUUUUGAUACUCCUAUUUCUAGAUUUAAUCCUUUUGACAAAGACUCUUUUGAUAGUCCUGAAAUUAGUAAAGUUACUGAGAAAGUGUUGGAAAUUGCUGAAAUUGAUGAUGAGCCAGUGCCUGCUUUAGGGGAAGCUGGAGUUCGAAAAGCAGAUUCAGUUGAAACUCCACUGUCUCCUUUAUUUGAUGAAGAUACUUCUCAACCAUUAGAAGUUUAUCCCAAACCAUAUGAAAAAGAUUGCUGGGAAAUGGUCCUUAGGCAACCAAAUAAAAAGAAAUUAACUGGAAAUCGUUUUUGGAAAAAGAUAAUUGUGAAACUUUCAGAAAAUAGUGUUUUACAACUUUUUAAUAAAGUUGAUGACAAAUUGCCAUUUCAGGAAUUACCUUUACAAGCUUGUUAUUCAUUAUCAGAAAUAGGCGCUCAACAAUAUGAUCAAUAUGGUAAAAUAUUUACUGUCAAACUGCAAUAUAAAUUUUAUAGAGAAAGAGUGGGAGUGAGGCCUGGCCAAAUAUCGAAAGUUACUCAAGGCCAAGUAACAUCGAUGGGAGAUGUAGCUAAACUUGGGUUACCCCUUCAACAUUCUCCACAAACUUCACAAUUGCUUAAGAUUGGAUCUCAAUCGUACAUAGAUAUAAAGUUUUUUAUUCAGGAAGUUGAAGAUGCUAUAUUUCGGAUGGUUGUACACAGGGAUAGAGUACUUACUUACAAAACGGAAGAAGUUCAAGUAAUAGCUCAGGAUGAUUUCUAUGUAGAGCAAAGCAAAACUGGCCACAUUGAUAAACAAUUAGCUCGAGUGCGAAUUUUCUUUUUAGCUUUCAUUACAGGAAUGCCAUCAGUUGAAGUAGGUUUAAAUGAUAUUAUACGUCAAGGGAAAGAAGUAGUGGGUCGUUAUGAUAUCAUUCCAGUUGUUACAGAAGAAUGGAUUCGGCUAGAAGAUUGCGAGUUCCACGCAUGUGUCAUUCAAGAUGAAUUUUAUAAGAAUCGUGUCAUAAAAUUUCAUCCCCCUGAUGCUUGUCUAUUUGAGUUGUUGCGAUUUCGAAUUCGUCCUCCAAAAAACAGAGAACUUCCAUUACAGGUUCGUGUCUUUAUGACAGUCAGCAAUACAAGAGUUGAAAUUCGAUCAGAUAUCUUGGUACCAGGUUAUAGUAGCCGAAAACAGGGUCAAGUUCCAUGCGAAAACAUCCAAAUAAGAUUUCCAGUUCCUGAAUGUUGGAUUUAUCUAUUUCGCACAGAGAAACAUUUUAGAUAUGGCUCCAAAAAGUCAACUGCUAGAAGACCUGGAAAGAUAAAGGGGUUAGAACGUAUUAUUGGAGCUGCUCAAAAUCUAGAUCCUAGUCUUAUAGAAGUAUCUGCAGGUCAAGCAAAAUAUGAACAUGUCUUCCAUGCUGUAGUUUGGCGUAUUCCACGUCUACCUAAAGAAGGUCAAGGAGCAUAUACACAGCAGUUGUUUUUGCUUCGCACAGAAUUAACCUCAUUUGAUCAAAUACCAGAAUCAUUUGAACAAUUUGUAGAUGUUGAAUUUACCAUGCCUGCAACUUAUGUUUCUCACACUACUGUGCGUUCAGUAUCUGUAACUAAUCCCAUUCCACCUGAAAAGUUUUCCAAACAUGUGCUAGAGAACUUUUUUGAUUUGAGUUGCUGUGGAAUCAAUUUGAUUAGAAAAUUACACCUUAUCGAGCUAUGGUAGAUAAAGUUCCAACAUGACAUUCUCUUUAGGAUAAAUACAGUAAACCUGUAUUUAUAGGAAUCACAGUAGGUAUCAAAAUUUUUCUACUAGGGCCAGGUUUCAGUUUUAUGAAUCUAUGAUAGUUUUUCUUAUGAAUAACUUAUAUGAACUACUGCACAAUGCCUAUAUUUCUUUGCUUUCAGUAUUGACUAAAAACACAUGCUAAAUAUUAGAACAGAAAAAAAAAUAUAUAUUUACUCACAUGCUUUUCUUAUUUUUUCCUGAAAUCAAGAAGAGAUUUUUGAACAUUGUUUAUAAUUUUAGCUACUUGGCUUUCAACAAACACCCCAGCUUAAGAAAUAUUAUCAAACAAAUUUUAAUUUUUUCUUUGUAAUGCAAAUUGCUGCUGUUUGUUGUUGCUGGCUUCUUGAUUACUUUUCUAAUCACAAUUUUCUUUCUUUAAGACUAUAUUUUUUUCCCUCUUCUUUACUACUUUCUGUGAGAUGUUUAUUAAUAAAUCGUUAAAGUUAACAAAAGCAACUCGUGUUAUUUUGCAAGUCCUGCUGCUCAUAUUCUAUAGUAGUAAAUUCUAUCCUAGAAAUUUCAGCUGUUUUUAAAGCAAUUUGUUACAGUUUGACAUCACCUUCUUCACAACUUGACUUAUCCAUAUCACCACAUCUAAAACCAAGAUUGUAUUAGCAAGAGGUUUGAUAUAUAGAUCGUAUUUGCAAGUUAUCUGGGGCUGAAGAUGUAUUAUAUGUAUUGGCGAGUAAAGACCAUUUAAAUUGUACUGUUUUACACUUUGAUAUUUUGAAUAACUCUUUGAUCCAUUAACUGAGAAAGCCUUGUGUUAGGAGGAAACCAAGCAAGUCAUGUGUUGAAAAAUUCAUUGGGGGAAUAGCAUGUUAUCUAAAAACAAUAGAGCAUGGAUAAUUUUGUUUUUAGUUUUUCCAUUUAAGGUUCUUAAACCAUUCUUUCGUUAACUCAGCUGUCAGGGGCACACUUUAUUGUUUGAUCUCUAGAUCCAAAUCCAUGUUUUUUGAUGCACUAGGACUUUGCCCCCCUCGAAAUAAAUAAAGAUUUCUCCAUUUCACCUAACAUAAAUAUGCAAAAAAACUCUUAUCUUUUUUUCCACUAUUUUCCUUCUGAGCAUUUUUCAUCUUUUAAACAAAGUGAUUUAUUUAGUAAUGCUUAAAAUAAGAGACUAGUUUUGUCACCAUUUCUUAUGUUUUCUGGUUUAUAUUUGUGAAGUGUAGGUGCAAGUUAGCAAUCCACGACUCAAUUGAUUAUUAAUGAUCAAAUUAGUUAUGGAAAAAGGUUGUUUAAUGAUCAUUUGUGUUACUUAAAAAGUGCAUUAAUUAUUGUUUGUUGCACCUUUUGAAUAAUUAAAGUUUUCGCCUUUUUGUAAUAUGCCAUUUCUUGGCUGUCUUUAUUCAAUUAAUUAAACUAAUGAGGGAAAAUGUUUUCAGAAACAAAAUUAUUUGUAAAUUUUCAAAAGAAUUUUUUUUUAUAUAAACCUCCAUUUUGACUUCCAUUUUCCAUGUUUGACAGUUUUUGUCUAAUUUUACAUGCAUUUUAUUCAUCAAGGUACCAAACAAUAUUUUUGCUAAAAUCAAAGUUCUGUUAAAUUAAGGGUCUGUUUAGGCCAGGUUUUAUUGUACCAUUACAUUUUGCAUAAAAAUAAAGAAUUAAAAUUGGUCUGAAAUGCAGCAAUCUCCACUACACAUUAUUUUUAUUAAUUGAAUAAAUUGUUUCUAUUUAUUAUUCACAUAUUUCACUUAAAAAAGAUGGUGACAAUUUCUCCCUGGAGCAUAGCCACUUUGGUUGGAAAUGUAAGUGUAACCCAUUACUUUCAGUAACCUAGGGUCUGACCCUAUAUUGUUAAUAUUCUUACCUGUAAUAUUAGAGGUAUUAAAAAAGCUAAUUAUAAGUUAUUUUUCUUUGGGUUUUCUAUGUUUAUUCUGUUACAAGUUUAAGAUUAAUUUGUUGAUUUUCUUUUGUUUAAUGUUUACUUUCACGCAAGUACUAAAGGUUUUUUCUGCAGUUUUUAAGUAUAAUUUACUGAAAAUUGAACUUGUAACUAUCUAUUUUGUUUCAUUCGUUAUGUAUAUGAUGUUUUUGUGACUGAAAUUAUUAUAAGUGCAUAUUCUGUUUCAAUUUCUGGUCAUGAUUUCAGAAGACUGUAUAAAAUUAUGAUGUAAUUUAUGAUUUUGUUUUUUGUGUUAAGUAGACACCAAGAGAACCUUUAAAGUUAAUAAAUGAUAAAUUUUUUUCUCUUUAUUGAUAUACGAAUAUAAAAUAAAGAAAAAUUAAUUACAGAUUCAAUAAAUUUAAGAAAUGUAAAAUAGCUUUCUGUUGUAUAUUGUUACAAAUUUUUGGUGAAGGCAGCAUUUUCUCCUGUUAAUAAUUAAAGUGCCCUCUUAAUUGUAAAUGCCAAAGUUAUUUAAAAAAGGAAAUGGUUCCCAAGAAAUCUCUUUUACCAUAAAAAUCUGAUAAAUGGAAUAUUUGAAGUAGAAUUUAUGUAUUUUAAGUUAUGUCUUAAUUUUUGUUGUGUGACAAAAAAUAUUUGUUUUUCCUUUAAUUGCUUGUUUUUACUUUGCACAACACUACUGUCCUUUUUUUAAUGUAUGCUAAUUAAAGUAAAUAGGAAAUGC